CCCGAUUACUCUCUCGUAUCGCGCGUCCUAGCGCGGAGGAAGAAUUUAAGAAAGAGUGCCCGAAAUUUCCUCUCCAAUUCGUCUAAAAUAUUGUAAUAACUACAAGGUUAAAUAUGCAAGCUAUGUUUUCCCCGAUUCUUAGCCCGAAAGUAGGUGACGCUUAGUUUUCCCAAGUUGGUAGGCUAAUCCCAUUGCUGAGUUUCGGUUAUCGAUCAUACAGAGAUAUCAACCGUUUCUUAUACAAGGAAGAAAGAAAACAGCAGAGCAAAGCAGAUCGCCAUUGCCAAAAGAUCAUGGAAUGCACAAUGGUAGCCGAGGAAACAAGCCCCAAGAGAUCGAUUGCGAGCAGGCUUCAGAAAAGGAAAAGAAGUGGAAAAAUAAAAGCAACAGUGAAAAGGUUAAAAGCUGAGAUGGUAGAGAUUGCUGAACAACAAAAACAUAUUAGAGAAGGGCAAAAGGAAGUCAGAGAGAAGUUUGAAGAGAUUGAGUUUCAAUGUGAUGAGCUCAAAAAGGAAACGUUCCUGAUAUCACAACAGGCUGCAAGCAAUCAGAAGCGCCUAAAUCUCAUGUUCAAAAUUUUGAAAGCACGAGAUGAGAACAAUUUUCAUGAAGCUGCCAGUCUUACCCAGUCUCUUCGAGAAUGCAUGAGAAGCAAAACACAGAGCAAUACUCAAGUGGUUGUGGAUGCGAGUGGCGCAGUUGGAAAAGAAUAACAGGUAUCAGCCAUUCAGAAAAUCCAAGAUCACUGGAAAUGGCUUUAUGGGUGUGUUUUCAAUUAAUUUGGUUUGUCAUGUAAGUUACUGUUGGAGUGUUAAGAUCACUGGCUUGCAACUAUUAGUUAGUUUUCAAUUUACUGUUGAAUCUGCUACUUUGAUUGUUGCAAACGCUUAUGUGGAGUCUGGCUUUGCUUAUUAGCUACUGGAAUGGCCUAAAAGUUAAUGAUCUCUUUUACUAUGGUAGGCAAGGUGAAAUCUUUCUGGA